AUGGCCCUUCGCGGUCCCGCCCGGCACGGGCCCGGCGACCCCUCCCCCGCCGCAAGGCCUGCCGCUCCGACUCCCGGGCCCAGCGCGGGCGCGGUGCACGCUGGGACUCCGCCGCCACAGCGCCCCCUGCGGCCGGGAGGAGCGGGCGCCGCCCGCGGGAGCCGUCUGCGCUCUCGCAUCUGGGGAGCGCUCUCGGGGCGUGAGAGGAGACAGAGGCACCGGCUCCGUGGAGCAGACCCCGCCACCCGGCCGAGUCGACCCAGCCGCGGGGCGGAAGUGGCCGCUGGGGCCGACAGGGGGCGCGCUGCGCGGGCCUGCGGCUCGUCUAGGCCGGAGCCGUUCCGGCUGCGCUCGGUGCCCACAAAGCGCCAGCUGAGGGGCCGCUGCGGGCUGAGCGCGGCUGAGCCUGCCCGCCCCCGAGCUCCACCGGACGUUGACCGCAGGACGCUGACCGCAGGCCGCGGUGGGCCAGGCCCCCCGCCAGUUGCUGGUGCUGCAGAGAUGACCGAGGCCGUCCCUGCACCCCCGACGCGGCCGGCCAGUUUAAGCGGUCCUUAUCUGAUUUUAGUUUGGAUUAGGGCUCCUUCUAACAUUCAGUGUCUUGUCUCAUCUCUCCACUGCACACAGACUUCUGAAUGGGACUCCGAAUGCCUUACGUCCCUGCAGCCCCUUCCUCUUCCCACACCCCCAGCAGCAAAUGAGGCACACCUGCAGACUGCAGCCAUCUCCCUGUGGACAGUGGUGGCCGCCGUGCAGGCUAUAGAGAGAAAGGUGGAAGUCCACAGCCGGCGACUCCUGCAUCUAGAAGGACGGACAGGGACAGCAGAGAAGAAGCUAGCCAGCUGUGAAAAGACAGUGGCCGAUCUUGGGAACCAGCUGGAGGGCAAGUGGGCCGUGCUGGGGACCCUGCUGCAGGAGUAUGGGCUGCUGCAGAGGCGGCUGGAGAACUUGGAGAACCUCCUGAGAAACAGGAACUUCUGGAUCCUGCGGCUGCCCCCGGGUAUUAAAGGGGAUAUCCCAAAGGUGCCUGUGACGUUUGAUGAUAUCUCCAUCUACUUUUCCACUCCAGAGUGGGAAAAAUUAGAAGAAUGGCAAAAGGAACUUUACAAGAAUAUCAUGAAGGGCAACUACGAGUCUCUCAUCUCCAUGGAUUACGCCAUGAAUCAACCUGAUGUCUUAUCUCAGAUUCAGCCAGAAGGAGACCAUAAUACAGAGGACCAGGCAGGGCCAGAGGAAAGUGAGAUUCCCACAGACCCCAGUGAAGAGCCUGGCAUUUCAACAUCAGAUAUUCUGUCUUGGAUUAAACAAGAGGAAGAGCCCCAGGCUGGGGCCCCACAGGCGUCCAAGGAGAGUGACGUAUACAAAGGCACCUAUGCUGAUGAAGAGCUGGUCAUCAAAGCUGAAGGCCUAGCUAGAGCCUCCCUGUGCCCCGAGGUUCCAGUCACCUUCUCUUCACCAGCAGCAGCAAAGGAUACUUUUUCGGAUGUGGCUUUCAAAAGCCAGCAGUCUGCAUCCGUGACAACUUUUGGACGUCCAGCCCCAGACCUGGCCGAAGCCUCCGAGGGACAGGUGACUUUUACUCAGUUGGGAAGCUACCCCCUCCCGCCUCCAGCGGGGGAGCAGGUGUUCUCAUGCCACCACUGUGGCAAGAGCCUCAGCCAAGACAUGUUGCUGACCCACCAAUGUAGCCACACUGGUGAGCACCCCUUACCCUGUGCCCAGUGCCCGAAGCACUUUCCUCAGCAGGCCGACCUCAGCAGCAACUCCCAGGCCCAAACCGGUGAGACACCCCCAACCUGCCCUCACUGUGCCAGGACUUUCACUCACCCGUCAAGACUUACCUACCACCUCCGGGUCCAUAACAGCACUGAGCGCCCUUUCCCCUGUCCCGACUGCCCGAAGCGCUUCGCCGACCAGGCCCGCCUCACCAGCCACCGGCGAGCCCACGCCAGCGAGAGGCCCUUCCGCUGCGCGCAGUGCGGCAGGAGCUUCAGCCUGAAGAUCAGCCUGCUGCUCCACCAGCGAGGGCACGCGCAGGAGCGGCCUUUCUCCUGCCCGCAGUGUGGCAUUGACUUCAACGGCCACUCGGCCCUCAUUCGCCACCAGAUGAUCCACACAGGCGAGCGUCCUUACCCGUGCACUGACUGCAGUAAGAGCUUUAUGCGCAAGGAGCACCUGCUGAACCAUCGGCGGCUGCACACGGGCGAGCGGCCCUUCAGCUGCGCGCACUGCGGCAAGAGCUUCAUCCGCAAGCACCACCUCAUGAAGCACCAGCGCAUCCACACGGGCGAGCGCCCCUACCCCUGCGCCUACUGCGGCCGGAGCUUCCGCUACAAACAGACGCUCAAGGACCACCUGCGCUCUGGCCACAGUGGCGGCUGUGGGGGCGUUACUGACCCGUCUGGACAGCCGCCUGACCCCCCAGGUCCCCUCCUAACUGGGCUCGAAACCUCUGGCCUAGGCGUUAACACUGAAGGUCUAGAGGCCAGUCAGUGGUAUGGAGAAGGGAGUGGAGGGGGAGUUUUGUAAAUCUCCCACCUUUCCUAGUUAUCCAUGCUCGCAGCUGGGCGAGAGAAGAGCCCAGAGCCCCUCUAGCCCCGCAGUAAUUACCAUCUGGCACGUUGAUGAAUUUGGGGUCCUAUACACUUGACUAGAGACGUGCUUGAGUUUUGGAACUUAACAUUACAAGAGCACCACAUUUUGAAACCCAGAAAGAUCUGGAAAGAAGCCCAGUAUCCCCAUCUUUUCAAAAAUAUUACCUAAGCAGAAGUUAUAAGAAUGUUGCAGGGAGGUUGGAAAGCAAGAUUUGGCCUCCGGUAAUCUGUCACAGGGUAGUAGGUUGAUAAUAAUUGUAGCUCUAGGUAGAGACAGGUGUUUGGGAAGAGCCUCCAAAGCUUGAAGCCCAUGGUGAGGCACGGGAAUGUUUAACUGAGCCUUACAUGAAUUCCUUGAUGGUUAGAAGCAAGUGCCAAAGCCUGAGUCCAUGUUCCUGUUCCUCCCUGACACCAGUUCCAGUCUGCUCAGAGGCUCAUGUGCUGCCUCUCCCAAAUAACCAAGAUGGCCUUCCCAAGUUUCCUAGAUUCAUUCUUCUAAUACAUUUUAUUUAAUAUUGGGUGAGCAAGAAAUCUGACUUUAAAA